UUUAAUGUAUUUAAUUCCUUAUUACUGUCUUUUAGAAGACAAUCUGAAAUCGACAACAGUCCAUCAAAAGUACCAACUAAGCGAAAAAAAAUGAAAAAACAUUCAGAGAGUGAUGAUGAAACAUGUUCACCUGGUGUAAAUGAAAAAGAAGGAAGUAAUACUUCAAAGAAAGCUAAAGUUCAUAUAAAUACUUCUCCUAAAGACACUGAAAAUAACUUGAAUGAUAAUUCAUUCUCACAUGAAAGUGUGAAUAAUUCACCUAUAUCAGCUGCCAAUUCUUCAAAUGGUCCUUUUCCUAAAAGAAAAACAGCUCGCAAACAAAUGAAAUCUAUAAAAGGCCAUAAAUCAGAAAAUGCUGGAAAGUUUGAUGCAAAAAAAGGAACUUCAAAUCGGGACAAUGAUGAGGGCCUUUCCUGUUCUGAAACUGCUACAUCUAGUAAUAGCAAUCAACAAAUAGAAAGAGAUUCUUUGACUGAGAAAAAGACAGAUGUCAGUUCUGAAAAAGAAAAUGAUAAAGAAGAACUGCAGAAUGGAGAUUCUUCUAUUAAAAGUAGUAGAAUUCACGUUUCAGUAAAGGAACAAGAAGAAAAAACUGCAAAGUCUUCAAAGAAAUCCAAUUCAAUUCAAGGUUUCUUUGAACCCAAAAAUAAAUCUAUUCAUGCCAGUCCAGAAGUUGAAAGUUCUAAGAAAAAAACUCAGAAUUGUAGUUCAUCUUCAGGUGGAUUACUUUUUGAUCCAUCAAAGAAUAACUAUCACCCCAUUGAUGAUGCCUGCUGGAAAUGGAAAGAAAAAGUUCCUUAUCUUGCUCUUGCAAAAACAUUAGAAUUAAUUGAAAAUACAUCAGCAAGAUUGAAGAUCAUAGACAUUCUAUCUAAUUUUUUCCGUUCAGUGAUAAUUUUAACUCCAGAUGACCUGUUAUGUUCUGUGUAUCUGUGUCUUAAUCGCCUGGCUCCAGAAUAUGAAGGCAUAGAAUUAGGAAUUGGUGAAACUCUCUUAAUGAAAGCUGUAGCUCAAGCUACUGGACGCACGCUUGAAAAGAUAAAAGCAGAAGUUGCUGUGAAAGGUGAUUUGGGUCUAGUGGCUGAGAGUAGUCGAGGCAACCAAAAGGUAAUGUUUGCUCCACCAAAACUGACAGUUUCAUCAGUAUUCUCCAAAUUUAAAGAGAUUGCUCAAAUGAGUGGUAAUGCUGUGAUGUCAAAGAAGAUUGACAAGAUUCAAGCAUUAUUUGUAGCUUGCAGAGAUUGUGAAGCUAAAUAUAUAAUUAGAUCUUUAAGCGGAAAAUUAAGAAUAGGUUUGGCUGAGCAAUCUGUGCUAACUGCUGUAGCUCGUGCUGCCACUCUUACACCUCCUGGUCAAAAGUAUCCACCUGAAAUUAUUGAUGCUUCUCAUCGAAAAAGCCCUGAAAAGUUUAAAAAAACUUUAGAGGAACAAACAUUGAUAUUGAAAACAACUUAUUGUGAAUGUCCAAAUUAUGAUUUAAUUAUACCUGUGAUGUUAAAAGAAGGCAUAAAUGCACUUCCUACACAUUGUCACAUAACUCCUGGCUGUCCUUUGAAGCCAAUGUUAGCACAUCCUACAGCAGGCAUUGACGAAGUUCUUCGACGCUUUGAUAACAAUGAAUUUACAUGCGAGUUCAAAUAUGAUGGAGAAAGAGCGCAAAUUCAUAUGACUGAGAAGAAAGAAGUAAAAAUAUAUAGCAGAAAUCAAGAAAAUAAUACCUCUAAAUAUCCUGAUGUUAUUGUUAGAAUUUCUAAAGCUUUGAAAGAAUCUACUACGUCAUUUAUUUUAGACUCUGAAGCAGUUGCUUGGGAUUCAGAAGCAAAACAAAUAUUGCCAUUUCAAGUGCUAAGUACGAGGAAGAAAAAGGAUGCUGUGGAAUCUGAAAUUGUAGUUCAAGUUUGCAUUGUAGCUUUUGAUUUAUUAUACUUGAAUGGUGAAUCUUUAAUUAAAAGACCACUGAAGGAACGCAGAGCUUUACUACAUUCUUCUUUUGUUGAAGUUGAUAAUGAAUUCAUGUUUGCCAAGUCCAAAGAUGGAAACACUGCUGAAACUAUGCAAGAAUUUCUGGAUGAAUCUGUUAAAGGUAACUGUGAAGGUCUUAUGGUGAAAGCAUUGGAAACUGAUGCUGCUUCCUAUGAAAUUGCGAAAAGAUCUCAUAACUGGUUAAAACUGAAGAAAGAUUAUUUAGAAGGCAUUGGUGAUACACUUGAUUUAGUUGUGAUUGGAGGUUAUCAUGGGAAAGGGAAACGAACUGGAACAUAUGGAGGUUUUCUGCUCGCCUGCUAUGAUGUUGAAAAUGAAGAGUUUCAGACAAUAUGCAAGUUGGGGACUGGCUUCAAAGAAGAUGAACUAGAAGCCCAUACCAAAUUCUUAAAGCAGCAUGUAAUCAAAGAACCCAAGUCUUAUUUUCGUUAUGAUCAUAGUUUAGAACCUGAUGACUGGUUUGAACCAGUACAAGUUUGGGAGAUCAAAUGCGCUGAUUUAUCUAUAUCACCUGUUCAUAAAGCAGCUAUUGGCAUAGUUGAUCCUGAGAAAGGUAUUUCAUUACGUUUCCCUCGUUUCCUUAAAAUAAGAGAUGAUAAGAAAGCUGAGGAUGCUACAGUUUCUUCGCAGAUUGCAGAAAUGUAUCAAAAACAAGAACAGAUUCAAAAUUUAAAGAAUAAGAAUACAAAAACGGAUGAAGACUUUUAUUGAACUAUGUAUACUAACUACUGUUAUACAGUACUAUUAUUUUAGUAAUUAUUUUUUAAUUACUAUUAUUUUUUUAUUUAAAAACUAUGCUUUUUAUGAACUUGCUUUUAUAAUAUGCUUUUAUUGUAUUAUUUUCCCUAUUUUAUAAAUUAUUUUAUCUGGAUGCAUUAUCACCGAUUUCAUUUAUGUGGAUAUUUGUAAAAUGAAAUUCAGCACUUGAUGUAUAAAAAUUCUUAUAAAGUAUGCAAAUAAAAAAAUUAAUUUUU